UUCUGGACAGCGAGUGGUGGACAUGUCGGUAGCCGCAGCUCGAGGAAAGAAGGGGAAACGGCGAGCACGGCAAGGAGGCAGAGAAAGCGAUAGCAGCAGCAGCAGCAGCAGCAGCAGCAGCAGCAGCAGCGACGAAGAGGACGAUGAUGGUGGUGGUGGUGGAGACCGGAGGGGAAAGAAGAGAAAGAAAAAGAGAAGCAGCAGCGGCAGCAGGAGGAAAUCCUCAAGCAAGACAAAGAAGAGGAAGGACAAGGAUAGGGACGAGGAGCACGCCGGAAAGAGGAGGGAGAAGGCCAAGAAGGAGAAGCGAGACAAGAAAAGCAAGAAGUCCAGCCGACGGGGAGAGCGAGGCGAGGGCAAGGACGAGGACGAAAGUAGUAGCACCACCCACAAGCGUAAACACAAAAAUAAGCGAAAGCGGCGGGAGAGCUCAUCGGGGAGGAAACGCAGCAGCAAUCGCGACGACAGCCGUGACGGAAUCGGGUCCAAGAGCAAGAACAAGAGAGCGGCCGUCGGCUCUCUGGUCGAGCCCUCAUCAUCUUCUCUGUCCUCUUCGCCGAAAAGCUCGUCAGACGGGGAGAGCAGCGACGACGAACCCGCCGCCAACACCUCGACUGCUGCUGUGUCGUCAAGAGGGUCGAAGAGCAUGCCGCCGCCGCCGCCGAUCGCCGCUGGGGGCGGCAAGGGUUGGCUGCCAACCAAGGCCGCGGAAAGAGCGAGGGUCCCGCUGCAGCAGCUCCGAGAUUUGAUCGAGACAAAAAUCCGGCGGAAGCAGACCCUAGCGGCGACCACGGCUCGCGAGGAGGGUGGCGAAGAAGGUGCUUCUUCUUCAAGCUGAAAGAGGGGAAGAAGGCGUUUGCUGGAACAUGACGUGGGAAAGUGCGAUGCUGAUUAUUUGUUUUUUCGUGCUGUAUCCUCUCUUUGUUGGGGGCAGGGCGAAUCUUUUGAUCGGUGGCUGCACAGGUAUUACGCCGCACGAGGGCGAGUUUUGCAAAUCGCUUGGGGAAACACAUGCAUUUAAGAUUUGAAUACAAGACGCCGUCCGGCCCCUGUGUACUAUUAUUUACUAUAAUGUGUGGAGCCAUAUGGUCUUGUUCGUUCUGGACAAAGAUUACUUGACGCCCGAUACCGUCUGCUGCGGACCAAAUUGCCACGCAU